AGAUGAUGGAUAAGAAGCGAAAAAAGCAACAGGAGAAGAGAGCAAGGCAGAAAUAUUAUUACUAUGCUUCACUCGCUGCUGCCUGCGGUAUCGUCGCAUGGAUGGUGAUGGUAGCCUUCACCGACGACGUGAAGCCCAAGAGAGCUCGGCAGCCUCCCAACAGAAUGCCCGUUCCUCCUUCCGCCAACGAACCGCCAGGUCCUGAUGUGAAGGCAAGAAUCACAGUGAAGGCCUCGGACAACAAUGCACAAGUGUUCCUUGACAUCAAGCAUGGGCUGGAAGACAUGACUGGAAUCGAAGCUGACGUAGACACUUUUAUGAUGAGUCAUGGAGUUCCAGCGGAGUACAAAGAGCAACUUGUCCAGGCAGCAGUUCAGAGUCUGAGACAACAAGCUGGAGAGGGCGGCGGAAUGCCAGACAUGCAGUCAUCCACGGCAGAGGACGACGAGGAAUGGGCAGACAAGCAUCUAGACAAUGACGAUGACGAUGGAGGAUCUGAAAACGACGAGAAUUAAGUGCUUGAGAGUUCUUUCCGACCUUUCUGCUGAGAGGCUCCACGAUAUGACAGAUAGCGGCGAGAUUGGCUCCUUCGAUGCCUUCUCGAGCUGAAAGGCGGAUUUUGAAAGGUUCCAAUCAACUUUGAAUUUCUACUGGGAUUCUCAAAACUUUUAGUGACUCGAAACAUAAUACAUGUGAUAUUAUUUUUUUC